GAUGAUCACCAUGGUACCAAACACGUGUUACUUUCACUUCCACUCAACCCCCAUGACUGUGAUCACCACCGUUGUUUUCUCUUCCCCGAAACCCCAAGGAGAAAACAAAACCAACAUUUUCAUUACUGAUACUAGUCUUCUAUUCAUUUUUUUUUCGUUUUAAUCUUUAUUUUCCAUGUUUAUCCCUUUAUAAUCCUUUGUGCUCGGACCUAUUAUCUAUUGGACAUAGAAAGAAAAAAUCAACAAAAUUUUCCUUUGAUUUCUUGGCAAAGAAGUAACACCAACCCAGUUCGAGGAAAUGGAUCCUGAUGACGACGGAGGCAUGUCUGAUCUUAGCAACAGUGCUGGAGAACCUAACACCGCCACGGCAACCACUGCUAACGGCAAGACCAAGAACAACGAUAAAAAUUGUGAAAACUCGGCAUUUCAGUUGAUGCAAUUAAAAGAAGAAUCCGACCCAGACCAUAAGACACAUCCUCUGCCGCCUAUUGGGGUGGUCCCAGUUGGCAUGCAGAUCCAGCAGAUGCCAAUGCAAAUCCCUAUGCCCAUGCCUGUAACUACCGCUAAACGCUCCUCCACCAAGGACCGUCACACCAAAGUCGAAGGCCGUGGUCGAAGAAUCCGAAUACCUGCUACUUGUGCUGCCAGGAUCUUCCAGCUGACUCGUGAACUCGGCCAUAAAUCAGAUGGGGAAACCGUCAGGUGGCUCCUCGAACAUGCUGAACAAGCUAUCAUAGAAGCUACCGGUACAGGCACCAUUCCUGCCAUCGCUGUGUCAGUCGAUGGUACCCUCAAAAUUCCAACAACGUCAGGCACAAACGUUUCCAAUAACAACAACAAUAAUAAUAACAAUCAAAUAGAUGACAGUGCCACAAAGAAAAGAAAACGCCAGGCGAACAGCGAAUUUUGCGAUAUAGAUGAUGGGAUACCAUUUGCAGUUUCACAACAACAACAGCAACAAUUAGUCACGCAAGCUUCAGGGCUGGCUCCACUUACUCCGCAAGGACUGGUGCCAGUGUGGGCUGUUGGAAAUACCGGAAUGAUGGUACCAGCAAAUGCGUUUUGGAUGAUCCCACAGCCCACUGCCACAGCUGCUGGUAAUGGGCUUGCUAAUAAGCAACCAUCGCCACAGAUAUGGGCUCUAUCACCAACGUUAGCACCGGUUUUUAACGUGGCUGCAAGGCCUGUAUCUUCAUUCGUUGCGACAACGAAUCAAGGUCAGGCUGUUGUUUGCAAUGGUUUAUCAACUUUGGCUGUGAAUACAAGCAGUACACCAGUAGGGGCGACGAUGGCAAAGAAGUCAACCAUGGUGCCAAGCGUGAGUUCCGGCGGUAAUGGUAGCUGUAGCACUGUGGGUAAGGUUCAGAUGCUUAGGGAUUUUUCAUUGGAGAUUUAUGAUAAGCAAGAAUUGCAGUUCAUGGGGCGUUCAGGGAAUCAUCAGCAGAUGCAAGCUGCUUCUAAGCAAUAAAAGGUUCUGUUAAUUAUCUGUAAUCUGUCUUUUUCAAAGUAAUAGUUAAGGAAUGGUUUUUGUGAGAAUUAGUUCAUCUAGCAAGUUGCAAACUGCAAAGUUUACAGUUCUUCCUGAACAUCAUUUCUUCACGCUUCUCCAGGUUUAAGAAAUGGGUAUGGACAUUUGUAACUUAUAAAUGUAUCAAAAUUUCUUAAUUUUAUGUUGUAUUUGUCAUCAGAUGAAUUCACCGAUAUG